AUGGCGCAACACGUUAUGGGAGACCUGAAGGUCAACUUGGACCCUCCUGUCACCGACUCACACACAUCCGAGAAAGCAGCCGACACCGCUGAGAUCGAACGGGUAAUGUCACCAGAUGACGACCUCAAGAAAGGCGGCCAGAACUAUGGCAAGAUGGACGCCGAAGUCGCCAAAUACGCCGAAGGCAUCCCCAUAACCAUCACCCCCGAAGAAAACAGUCGCCUCAAAAAACUCAUCAACAAACGCGUCCUCUCCAUCAUGGUCUUCACCUACUUCCUCCAAGCCCUCGACAAAGGAACCCUCUCCUUCACCUCCAUCAUGGGCCUGCCGGAGGACCUGAAACUCGUCGGCCAACAAUACUCCUGGCUCACCACCUCCAUCUACAUCGCCAUCCUGAUCGUCGAGUACCCCAUAAACUGGCUCGUCCAGCGCCUUCCCAUCGCGAAGUUUCUAGGAACAUGUAUUAUCAUCUGGGGUUCCAUCCUGGCCUUCCAUGCGGCGAGUAGUAACUUCGCGGGAAUUUGUGCGUUGAGGAUUCUUCUGGGGAUUUUCGAGGCGGUUUGUCAGCCUACGUUCCUUAUCAUGAGUUCGAUGUGGUACAAGCGAGAGGAACAGGUCCUCAUCGUGUCCUUCUGGUACUGUAUGAACGGCGCGCAACAAAUUGUCGGAGGACUGCUGGCAUACUGCUUCUCCCUCAUCCCUGACACAGCGGCGAUUCACUCGUGGCAGGCUAUCUUCAUUGCAUAUGGGGCGUUCAGUGUGCUGUGGGGUGUGUUUGUCAUCUGGUGGCUUCCUGACAGCCCCAUGAGGGCCAAGUGCUUUAGCGAGCAUGAUAAGCGGUUGAUGGUGGAGCGGGUCCGAUCGAAUCAGACUGGAUUACAGAACAAGACGUUCAAGAUGGAGCAGGUGAAGGAGGCGUUGUGUGAUGUGCAGUGUUGGUGUUACUGUCUCAUUCAGAUUUGCACGACUCUGCCUACUGGAGGUCUUGGAGCAUUCGCGAAUAUUAUCAUCAAGGGAUUCGGUUUCACAACGCUGGAAGUGCAACUGCUGGCUAUGGUGCUGGGAGCUUUCAUCAUUCUGGUUCUGUUCAGCUCGGCGUGGCUGGUGAAGAAGACGAAGCAGAACAUUAUCGUGAUGGCUUGUUUCUGCAUACCAUCUUUCGCCGGCACAAUCGUCCUCAUGACCGUCAAAAACGACGACACCACCUCAACCGAAGCAGGCCUCCUGUUCUCCUACUACAUCUGCCUCUCCUUCUGGGCCGCACAGAACUUAGGAAUGUCCCUCCUCUCCCGUAACGUCGCCGGUCAAACCAAGAAAUCAGUCGCAGUGGCCAUGAACUUCAUCGCGUGGGCUGCAGGUAAUGCAGUCGGCCCACAAGUGUUUUUGGCAUACGACGCACCACGCUACUUCAUCGCAUUUGCUACACAUUUGGGCUGCUACACGCUACUGAUCUUGAACUUGAUCGUGUUGAGGUGGACACUGAGGAGUAGGAAUAAGAAGAGGGAUGAGAUUGCGGCGGCCGGAGUGCAAGAGGCGCAUGAUGAGACGAAUGUGCAUGCUUUUGAGGACUUGUCGGAUAAGGAGAAUGUUAACUUUAGGUAUAUGUAUUAG